AUGUGUGGCAGGUUCCUGAGGCAGCUGUUGGCUGAAGAGAGCCAGCACUCCACCCCAGUGGGACGUCUUUUGCUUCCUGUGCUCCUGGGAUUCCGCCUCCUGCUGCUGGCUGCCGCUGGGACUGGGGUCUAUGGCGAUGAGCAGAGUGAAUUUGUGUGCAACACCCAGCAACCAGGUUGCAAGGCUGCCUGCUACGAUGCCUUCCACCCCCUCUCCCCACUGCGCUUCUGGGCUUUUCAGGUCAUCUUGGUGGCUGUGCCCAGCACCCUCUACAUGGGUUUCACCCUGUAUCAUGUGAUCUGGCAUUGGGAAGAAUCAGGAAAUGUGAAGAAGGAGGAGGAGACCCUUAUCCAAGAAGGGGAGAGCAGCAGAGAUGCCUCAGGGGCUGGAAGCCGCAGGCUGCUCUGGGCCUAUGUAGCACAUAUGGGGGUUCGACUAGUCCUUGAAGGGUUGGCCUUGGGGAGUCAGUACUAUAUGUAUGGGUUCAAGAUGCCCAGCUCCUUUGCAUGUCGUAGAGAGCCUUGCCUUGGUAGUAUAACCUGCAAUCCAUCCCGCCCCUCUGAGAAGACUAUCCUCCUAAAGACCAUGUUUGGGGUUAGUGGGCUCUGUCUCUCAUUUACCCUUUUGGAACUUGUAUUUCUAUAUCUGGGGAGACAGUGGAGGACAUGGAAGCAGAAAUCUUCUUCUUCUAAAAACUUCUUAAUGUCAGAGAGCACCAGAAGAUGGAAAGAACCAGUUGAUAACUUCCCAGUGGUGUAA